AUGCAGGUCCGGUGGACAAAAGGCCGACAACUGUCUUAUAAAGACCACAUCAUCAACUUUCCUCAAAAUGUCGAGAAUAUUGCUGCGACCUUACCUCAAUUACCCGAAGACGUUGACCUGGUCAUCAUCUGCAGAGAGGGUGUUAAUCUUUUGCAUCAUGUUGACUUCGUAAUAGCCAAUGAUCCCAAUUAUGCAGAUCUGGUUGCACCAGACAAGGUGGUGCUUUCUCAAUUGCCUGUCCAUGGAAGCGUUGUAGAUCAACUCUCAGUUUGCCGAGAAGGCCGGCAGGAGGGCGACAUACCAGUGCUGGCUGGUCCGGCCCAAGCUGCAGAGACAGAGCAGCCCGAGGAAGACACAGACAGUGGAGGUGCUUCUGUGGGUGGAAUCUUGAACCUUGGCUUGCCUGUGCGAGAGGAGGUUGUCGAGAUGCGUGAAGGCGCCACUAGAGCUGUCACUAGGCCUCGUUAUGAACAGACAAUCAUUGCAGCACCGUCUGUUGACUCGAAUGCCAUCUCGGAGUAUACACCAGGGUACAUGACUCGUGCAUUCCCAACACUUUUCCCUGAUGGAGCAGGAGACUUCUUUGCUCCGCAUCAGCGCAAGAUCAAGCUUGGUGAAUACUUCAAGCACCUUCUCUGA